AUAAUAAAUAAUCAAGCAAUGAUAAUGAAAUUGUGGUGAUAAUUGAUAGGAACUUGGUCAAAUAAAUCUUGAAAAAUAAAAUCGAGUUAGUGUGUUUAUAGAGCUUGUUUUAGGUAAUUAUUGUAAAUAAAAUUAUUUAUAUAGUUAGUCUUUUCAUGUUGUGUUUAUGUACGUACCUUUUUUAAGGUAUAUAAACUAUGACCUGAUUCUAAAUUAGUGAUGAUAAGUUCAGUUAGAAUAUUUCCCCUUAAAUCUUUGUUCAAAAUCAAUAAACUAAUUAUGUUGGAAUCCAUCAUAUAGAGCAAUGAUCAGAUUAUACAAAAUUCUUAUUUGAAGUCUUGAAUCUCAUCUUAUAUUUGAUGUUACCAAGAACGUGGAAUCGUUGUGCUCUACCACUCUUGCCUUCUUCAGAGACAUAAAACAAGUCGGUUCUUAACCAAUUUUUUGUGUGGGAUCUCUUGUUCUAUGUUUGUGAGUGAUGCCUCUGGUUUCCUUUAAUGAUCAAUACUAUGCAGGAAUUUGUAAUUCCAGAUUAUAUGUCAAAAUUUUUCAGAGCAAAUGCAUUUUUUGUACAAGUUCAUCCACUAGGAAAAUUCAAUUAUUCUUUACGUCUCAAGUAGCAAGCAGGAAUUCACAAGGGCAAAACAGGAAUUCCAAAUCCUGUGGGAGUUAGAAAGCAUAAGAUUCUUCAGAGUUCUCCUGAACAGAGAAAGAGGGUUGAAAGAAAUCAGAGAGAUGGAAGCAUAUGUGGUUGAGGUGGAGAGAAUCUUAGGUUACAGGUUCAAAAAUAGGAAGCUUCUAGAAGAAGCGCUCACUCAUUCAUCUUCCAAGGAAGGUGUUCCUUAUGAGCGCCUUGAGUUCAUGGGAGACUCCAUUAUAAGUCUCGCCAUCAGCAAACACCUCUUUCUCGCCUACCCUAAGCUCGAUCCUGGCCAACUAUCUAGCCUACGCGACGCCAACAUCAGCACCGAGAAGCUGGCUCGAGUUGCCAUCCGCCGCAACCUCCAUUGUUUCAUCCGUCACAGCUCCCCAGACCUCCUGGACCAGAUCAAACAAUUUGUGCAUGCUGUCGCCUUAGAGAAUCACUCCGUCGUUGUAGCACAUGGUGGAUCCGUCAAGGCGCCCAAGGUCCUUUCUGAUAUCGUGGAGUCCGUAGCAGGAGCCAUGUACUUUGACCUGGGAUGCGACCUGGAGAAGUUCUGGAAGAAUUUUAGAGUAAUUUUGGAGCCGAUAGUGACACCUGGUGAUUUGGAGCUACAGCCUCAUCCGGUGAAAGAAUUAUUUGAAAUAUGCCAGAAAAUGGGGAAGCACGUUGAGAUUAAACCUGUGCGAAACGAAACAGAAAGUAUAGCUUAUGUCUUUGUUGAUGGACAGUUUAUAGCCUCUGCUUCCUCUGCCACAAAGGAUCUGGCUAAACUAGAAGCUGCCAAGAUUGCUCUGGAAAGACUUGCAUCUCUGGUUCCUCUCACCAGUAUGAGGCCUUCCAUUGGUAACGUGGAGCUAAACUUUUAUACCGAUGACAAUGGGGACAUGAUUAUUGAAGGAGCUAAACAUAAACUACACGAACUCAGCCAGAAUAAGAAAUGGUCUAAGCCAGAAUACAGGAUUGAAGGGGAAUCGGGUCCCUCUCAUGAAAAGAGAUUUGUUUGUUCUGUUGAGAUAACUAUUGAAGAAGAGGAGGGCGUUUUUCUUCGAACGUGUGGCUAUGAAAAAUCUAGGGUGAAGGAUGCUGAGAACUCUGCUGCUUCAGUGAUGCUUAUGGCUUUACUUGGGGUGUAAUCACAGAUGAUGAGAGUGAUUUUUUGGAAAACGUUUUCUUAGACCACUUGCACCAGUUAGCAACCCCACUGGAAAAGAUCCUAAAAUAAUAAAUCUGCACUCCCAAUCGUGAAUCAAGGGGUAGGUGCAAGUGGUUUUGGAUGCAUUGGAAAUUGGAAACCAAAGCAAUCCACGCCUCAAAUUAGGAAUCUUCCACUUUCUAUCGUCCUUGAAAGAACCGUGACUCGUGAGGUGAUGAAAAGAAAACAAUUUGCUUCAAUUUUGAGAUUGUAAAUUUAUAAAUUGUGUUGUUACGCGUAAGAUCUGUCGUUGAAAAAUCAAAUCUUAUUUAUAUUAAGGCUUAAAUACUUAUAAGGUACUUAUUUU